UAAUUUUGUCUGCCCUGCUUUUGUUCCAGUCAUGCUAGUUGCGAUAUAACUCCAUUCACAUCAAGAUCAUAACCUUAUUCCCAAUUACCAGAGAAUAUGAACUCGUUAAGAGAGCGACUUUGGUCGUUCCCCCUCAUAUAUCUGGUUAUAAUAAUAAUAUUACCCUUUUCCAGCCAAGAGGGCCUGACACACUCCCAAACAAUCAAACGGUUAUCAAGAUUAGAACCUAUUGUAUUGCCAACCCUCACUAUUUCACCUCGUCAAUUCGUCGCCAGGGACAUCUCACCUAAUCCAAACUACAUUCCUCCAUUCACCUCUCUCAAACAUGACGACAGCUUCCACUUACAAUUUCAAGCAUACAACUCUUCCAUUCUUCUCUCUCUCAGCCCCAAUAUCGAAUUGUUCCAUCCGGAUGCAUCGACGGUAGUGGUAGACCCAUCGGGCGAAGAAAUAAUUUCCCCACUACACCAUGAAGAUUAUCGAAUAUACAAAGGAGAGGUUUUGGACACUUUUAACACGAAGCAAGAAUUGGGAUGGGCUAGAAUUAUCAUUCGACACGACAUCGACCACUCUCACCCUCACCCGCUAUUCGAAGGAGCCUUCUCCAUAGGACCAGAGAUAUUUCAUAUAAAAACGAAGGAAUCCUUCAAUCUCGCGAAGCGAUCAUUCGACCCACAUGACCCUUCCGAAUCCCCCUUAAUCAUCUACCGAGACUCAGACAUGCUGGACAUGCACUCGAAUGAUCAUCACCUAACGUCAAGAAACAGUAACUCGCCUGCGGAAUGUGCUGCUGACGAAACUGCUUUCAACCAAAAGAAGCUCACUGGCAGAAGAAUUGUGAAUACUUUAAAAGAUCGAAGCUUGUCAGAUUUAUAUGACCCAGCUCUUCAAUUUUGGUCCAGCCCAAAAAAAUAUUCCACCAUGACGAAACGAUCUGAUAUUUACCAAGGAUGCCCAAAGUCAAGACUGAUUAAUUACAUGGGAGCUGCCGCUGACUGCACCUACACUGCGGCAUACCAAGGCGUUCAAAAUGCAAGAAUACAAAUGAUUAAUGACUGGAACACCGCUUCCAGUGUCUAUGAAAGAACAUUUAAUGUGUCACUAGGCAUUAUUCAAUUUUACAUGAUGACACCUGUGUGCCCUACAACUGUUUCACGUAAUCUUACUUGGAAUCAAAACUGUUCAUCUUCCUAUACCAUCAACUCGAGGCUGAGCGACUUUAGCAUAUGGCGUGGAUCAAAAGGCGAUGAUGGUGCAGGGUUGUGGCACCUUAUGACCCAAUGCUUUACCGGAGUCAAGGUCGGGAUUGCCUGGUUAAGUCAAUUAUGCGAGACUGGCGCUAGCGAGCAGCUUGAAUCUGAUGGCUCCUCCGAAUGGGUCUCAGGAACAGGCGUGUCUUCGAUCACUUUGGAUGAAUGGAAAGUUGUAGCUCAUGAGAUCGGACAUGGAUUUGGUGCAAUUCACGAUUGCACAGCUCAACUGUGCCCUUGUUCAGGCGAUUGCAAUUGCUGUCCAUUGAGCACAAGCGUGUGUGAUUCGGGAGGAACAUACAUCAUGAACCCUACAAGCAAUGUCAGCACCAACAACUUUAGUCCUUGCUCCGUUGCUGACAUAUGCAGCUCCUUACCUAAUAUUGGAUAUUGUCUACAGGUUCCUGGAACCAAAAAGGUCGAAAGCUUUGCAAUGUGCGGUAACGGUAUAUUAGAACCUGGAGAAGAAUGCGAUCCCGGUGGUGUUGAUGACGCCUGUUGUUUCGGUGCGACAUGUAAGCUGAAGCCUGGAGCUGUUUGCGACGAUUACAAUCAAGCGUGUUGCAAAAAUUGCUCCCUUUCAGCAUCAGGUACGCUUUGCCGUGCACCUAUAUCAACAUGUGAUCUACCUGAAUACUGUAAUGGCACGUCAACUGCAUGCCCUACGGAUAUCCAUUUGGACGACGGUACAUCGUGUGCAAAUGGAACUAUGAAGUGUGCGUCCGGGAUGUGUACAUCUCGGUCCGCGCAAUGCGCCUUGCGUGGCGCUCGGCUCAAUAUCACUGAAGAAUGUUCUUUCCAACAAGACUCUUGUCAAAUAAGCUGCGCAGAUCCAUCCGAUCCCCACAACUGCUUGGCUCUCAGUGGCAUGUUUUUAGACGGUACCGAUUGCGGACUUGCCGGCAGGUGCCUAAAGGGGCAGUGUAAAAGCACAGGUGCAUUAAAUACCGCCAAAGCUUGGAUUAAUCAAAACAAACAAAUCGCUAUACCGGUCAUUACCGUGGGUGGUAUCAUUAUUCUACUCCUUCUCGCUCGCUGUUCAUGGUGGCUGCGAUCGUAUACUCGACGACGCAAGCGACUGACCAAAGAAAAGGAUUCACGACCGCCAUCCAUUGUCAGCAAUCCCCCUGAAGGAGGAGCAGAUGGGCCACCAGGGUAUGCUGGAUUCAGAUCAUCUCAGUUAUCACGGUUAGAAGUUGGUAACCGGCGGACCGUCGAGACUUUACCUAUCGAAAGUCCUUUACCUGUGUAUGGUGGCAACCGAUCUACUGGUGCGUCUAAUGAGGAAUGGGAAAUGCAAGUGACAAGUCACCAUUCUCGAAGUAGUUCGGUAGCACCUGUUCCGUCAUUACAUAACCAAGAUGAAGAAUCUUCACAGUCCUCACGGAGUAUCAAUUUCCGGUCCAGUAACCCCGGUUCCGUCAUGACAACCCCGGUUUCUCGUCGCAUGCAUGCUGUUUCCAUCGCAUCGGCUGAUAGCGAUACCUACCUGCCGCCAAAGCAUGAUAUUGUUAACAUCUCGGAUCAUCCUCAAGACUCCGUUGUGUAAUAUCCAUUAAUGUGUGAUUUAUUCCAGUGUAUAUACUAUUAUUUUAUUGAUUAAAACCCACAAAAAGAUAAAUAGUUGAAACU